AUGGACAUAGAGGAGACCCCAACCACCUCCAACACCGUAAGGUCCGAAAGCAAUGCACCCAAAGCGUCGGCUGCACCCGUUGCCGCUCCAAGGGCCAAUGUUAUGCGCCCCCCGCCAUCCGCCGCAGCCGUCAGAGAAGUAGGAGAAGAGCAGCUAGUAGAGCCACAGGGGCCUCCCUGUUGCAGCCUGUGCCAUCGCCCACACGUUCUAAAACGAUGCACCAUCUUCCAAAGUAUGAAGCCCGCUCAACGACAACAGGUUGCAAGGGCUCACGGGCAUUGCAUGACCUGUCUGGCAGAUGACCACGCCACCAUAGAGUGCUGGGCUGACGGUGCCUGUCAAUAUUGCCACAGGCCGCACCACACUCUGUUUCAUCGAUUUCCCACACGAGCCAAUCACACCAACUCCCGUACUAGACCACGCAGCGAUCCUCUCCGGCGACGACGACGCACCCAACCACCCACAAGACGUACGCGACCAUCUCCGCCACGCCACGCUCAUCGCCAGCAACAACGACGCUCAACAGGGUUGAGCGCGGUACUCAGUACACUCCAACAGCUACAAAGGCUCCUAGCCGAUUAAUUCGCCUAGGGGGGCCGGGAUGUUCACAUGAGCAAGAGCAUUCUGCAACAUCACAACCCCUCAUCACACAUCACAUCACAUCACAUCACGUCGCGUCACACACCUCAUCACACAACAGUUCAGCACACACCACUACACACACACACAUCAAACACAGUACCUUACACCGCUCACUAUUACAAUACAACAACCACACGAUCAUUAGCGAGACGACUCGGAUUAAUUUAAUAUUCACCACCCAAACUAACAAAAGGGAUAGAUCCGAACGGGAUCACUCUCUUUUUCGUUUGAUCCGCAAAGCAAGUCGGUCGACCCGCAACGAUACAUUUAUUUCUAACCGCAAUCUCCGCAUUUUUCCUCAUUUGUGACUUCCCGCCAAAGUGACGUUGUGACGUGAGUUCGGGAGUUCGCCGCAGUGUCA